AUGGCCGCUUUCAAAGACCGGACCGGUCCGGCGGACGACAAGGAGGCGGCGGACGCCAUGUUGGCCACAGCGAUGGCGGCCGUGGUCGUGAGCAGCGGCAACGGCGUGGCGGACGACGGCGCGGGCGCGGGCCCGGACGACGAGGACCGCUCGCAGACGCAGUGCGGCAUCGGGCCGUGCCAUUUCAAGUGGAUGCAGGUGUUCGCCAACAAGCAAGUUUUCCUGGCCACGUUCUGCUUCAGCUGGGUGCUGCAGGGCAUGUUCUCCACGUACUUUGUGAGCGUCAUCACCACGCUGGAGAAACUGUUCCAGUUGCAGAGCAAGACGAUGGGGCUGGUGCUGAGCGCCACGGAGAUCGGGCAGAUCGGCUCGUCGCUGUUGCUCACGUACUAUGGCGGCCAGGGCCACCGUCCCCGGUGGAUAGCGUCCAGCAUGGUGUUGUUCGGCGUGGCCACUUUGGCGUGCUCGUCGCCGCAUUUUCUGUUCGGACAUCACCAGUACCCGCUGCAGACCACGGCCGGCGGCGGCGGGGGCAGCGGCGUCGGUAUCAAUGCCGACGGGUCGACCAACGCGACUCUGGCCGCUACCAUGGACAACUAUUACACGUCCAACGUGUGCGUGACGCCCGAAUAUGGGGACGGCAAUGGCACGUCAUCGAUCGCCAAGUCGACGUCGUCGUCGUCGUUGGAGGCGUGCGAGGAGAACGUACUCAGCGAACAGCAAGCGCAGUCCAAGAACACGCAGAUCGUCCUGGUCAUAUUCUUCGUCAGCCUGUUGGGCGUGGGCAUUGGUCAGACGGCCGUCUAUACGCUGGGCAUACCGUUCAUCGACGACAACGUGGCCAGCCGCGAGUCACCGCUCUACUUCUCCAUCACCAUCGGAGUCCGCAUUCUGGGCCCGUCGUUCGGGUUUCUGUUGGGUUCGUUUUGCACCCGGCUGUACGCUGACCUCAGCACCGAACCCAACAUGGACACCAACAACCCGCGGUGGGUGGGCGCCUGGUGGUUGGGUCUGGUCGGCAUUUCGGUCACUCUGCUGUUGGCGUCCAUGCCGAUGUUUGCAUUUCCCAAACAGUUGCCGCGGCCGAAGGCCACGCCGUCCGCGCCGUCGUCGUCGGCGGUCGGUGCCGAUAACGAGAUCAAAAAGCAGCCGCUGCAGAACAGCAACGGGGACGCGGCGCCGACGCCUGCGCUGCCGUACAACGGCGGGGCGGGUGCCAAAGCGCCCAAACUCAGGGAUUUUCCGACGGCCGUCAAGAGAUUGCUCAAAAACGACAUACUCAUGUACCGGACCGCGAGCAGUGUGUUUCACCUGUUGCCGCUGGCCGGCAUUUACACGUUCCUGCCCAAAUAUUUCGAGUCGCAGUUUCACUUUCCUACGCAUACCGCCAACUUGGUCACAGGUACCGUAUUAUGUUUUUUUACACGGGGAUGGGAAAUUACACGUACGUUAGUGUGUCUAGGGCGUCGACCCUCAAAAAUCCAAGGGAGGGGUGGAAGUCACUGUAUUUUUUCAAUGACAAUGACUUUUCUGUUAACCGUUGUAUUAUGUAAGUUAACGUGACUCGACUGUAUCGAAUACAAUAGUAUUUAUCAUAAAUAUAUAAUUAUUUAUCGAAUAACUGAGAUAAUAAUGUAGGCAGUAAUAGCGGGCCGAUUUUCUAAUAAGAUGAAAAUUGUACGUUGCACUCGGCACGUGUUUAGAUUGGUUUGAUUAAAUGUUCAACUUUCUGUCCGUGUAUACAGAGCAAUAAGCGUGCGUAAUCUAGUCGGCCACUGUUCCGUCGUUGCAGACCUUAACCGUGUUUUUACACGACGGAGCGCGCUAAACCGUGUUUAAAUUGUACACGCUGCAGGUGGUAUACGAUCGCGUAAACGGCGAUACAUUUUUAAAUUAACGGGGAAAGUCGUAAUCCUCAAGACGAUAUGAAAUAUUAUACGCUUCGUUUGUCUUAGAAGAGUUUUCUGUAAUAUGCCGGUAAUCGUGUCAUUGUGUAUUACCGCCUUCUCUUAUAAGACCAUCGAUUUUGUACGAAUCCUUUACAUUUUCUAGUGUACAUUUCGAGUAGCUUUUGCUUGAUUUUAUAACCGCUGGUAGUUUAUUUAUUUCGAAUGGAAUUCCGUCGGAUCUUGUGAAGCGAGAUUCUAAGUUAUUGAUGUAUGUAUACAUUUUUAAUAGACGCGUAAAUGUCAAGGGGACAUGUUCCCCCUUGCCCCCCCCCAAAUGGGCGCCCUCGAUAAAUAUCGAUAUCAUACGCGCACAAUAUUCGCAAAUAUGCAAUAAAAAUGUGCAAAAGAUUGUGUAUUCCGUUUUAUUUCGAUAAAUAACAAACUAGAAAUGCAUAACGAACAAAUCUUUAGUAUCGUGCAAUAUUUACUGAACUUGCCGAGAUUCGCAAACGUAUCAUAACCAAUUUCGCACGCGGAAUCGGACAAUUGCAUUGUAUUUUAACACUUUUUCUCAUUUAUAAAACGGCUUUUUAUGAUAUUUAGGCAUUUACGGUAUCAUGGUGAUGGGUAUCGGUAUCAUAAUAUCCGGCGUAUACAUACUGAAGAAGAAUCCAAACGCCAGAGCGGUCGCCGCGUGGAUCGCGUUCACGGCGCUGGCGUACUCAAUAGGUAAAAAACCGCCGCCGUCAAAACAAAAACGAGACGCGGUAUUAUAAUUUUUGUGAUUUUUCAUUUCCAGGUAUGUGCGUACUGAUGUUUUUCGGAUGUCCGACCACGAACAUCUCUGGACUGCGUUACGACGAACUGUGAGUAUAUUAUUAUUAUUAUUACUAGCUGACCUGGCAAUACUUCGCUAUAUAACAGUGUAAAUAAUAAUAAUAAUAGUAGUUUUGCUGUCCGUGACAACCAAAUUGUUAUCUGUAUCACCGAGGUAACCCUGCACGAAUAAACAAAAAUAAAUAAAUACAUUUCCACAAACAAUUAGGUAUUCGUAUCGAAAAUACCUAAAAACCCUUAUAUAACCGACGGGAUUGAGAAUGGAACGUCCAAGACUAUCCCUCUAUCUUUUAAGUUGGACCAAAUCUUACCAAAAUCGGUCGAGUAGUUUCAGAGUGCAUGGCACCUAAACUCGUCGUACGUGUGAUUCAUAUUAUGUUACGGUAAAUCUGAAAUCGGUUAAUAUGCUGUUAGUUUCAACAUUAAGGUGUAUUUGUCUAUUGUUCAGCCUAAAAGUAAUUACAUUGUCUACAUAUUUUGUGCUUUAGUUUUUUAUUUCGACAUUUCAAUUUUCAAACGAGUUUUGAGUAUGUAAAAUAUUACGAUUUUGAAAUCGUCCUUUCUCGCUUGAAAAUUAAAAUAUCGAGAAAAAGACCGACGUAUAACCACAAACGAUAUUCUCAACUUUAAUUUUGAUAAUAGGCCAAUAUAAUACUCCGAUAUUAAAAUCAACCCCACAAAAUUGGUUUAUUUAUAAAUUUACCGUAACAUAUAACGUAUUAUACACGUGGUAUCGUAAUGUCCGUCGGUCUAGUUUCGGGGGGUGUCUGCAGACUGUCGUCUCCCGUAGUCCAGGCCGCCGAUUCGAUCGCUCCCGAGCCGGCCCGAAACCGCGCGAUAUCCGCCGCCGUUUCCCCGGUAUUCUCUCGCGUUUUUCCCGCACACAUCGUCGAUAUUUACCCGGGUUUUUACCACGACCGGCGUAUACGGCCGGGUUUUUCUUAUCGUAUCUCGUCGGGAAUCACGCAGAAUUUAACGCGUUUGAAUUGCACACAGGAAUGAACCCAAGUUUGAAUCUCGAUGCGUGGACCUUUGCGUUUGUGACCAAGAAACGUUCAGUCCCAUUUGCGGCGUGGACGGGAUCACGUACUACUCGGCGUGUCACGCCGGAUGCCGGAACCAGACGUUAUCGUACGAUAACACCUACAAGGUACUCAAAUAACGUUUCACUCGAAAUUUUUUAAUGUAAAUCAUAUAAAAAAAAAAAAAAUUAAAACUCCCGAUUAAAAUAUGGCUAUUAAAUUCGCAAGACAAAACUCGAUUUCUUCUCUUCUUUUUUCCUUUCAUCUUGUAUCCUCUUUAUUGUACACACUAAACAAUAUUGUACACAUAACAUAUUAUAACUUUUGUUCUUGCUAUAACCCGAGCUUUUAAACAACACAAAACACUAACAGUUAUCUUAACGCAAUAUGUAUACUAUUCCAUAACAAUAUAUUCUUUAUAUGCAUAUUCUUCUUUCGGCUCUGUUUUUAUUUUAAAUUUUACGAUCGUCAAAUAAUAAAUAUCUAAUCAAUUAAUCGAUAACACGCCAAUUUCACCAAUACGAGGUUACCAAUACCUUGGUGGUGAAUCGGGCCAAAUACUUGUAUACGCAGUCAAAUAUUGUUGCUAUAAUACAUAAUUUUGCAUCGCGUCCGAUCGGCGAAUUCGCAGCGCGUUCCAUAAAAAAACGCGAGACUCAAACGCUUUUGGGAUCGUUUGUCACAGUUUACGGAUUGCCAGUGCAUGAACAACAACGCCACGGAAGCGUUUCCUGGUUCGUGCAAAGACGAUUGUGAAGAUUCGGGUUUCUGGUACAUUGCUCUGUUCUCGUUGUUCGUAUUCAUCCAUUCCACUUCCGAGGUGGGCAGCAUGUUGCUCAUACUCAGGUGCGUGCACCCGCAGGACAAAGCCAUGGCCCUCGGACUAAUCCAGUUCGCCAUAGGGCUCUUCGGUAAGUGUUCGCGGUCACGACUUGUUCACACUAAUAAUAAUAAUAUUAUGUUUACUUGUUACGGCGCAGGUAACGUGCCUUGUCCCAUACUGUACGGAGCGGUCGUCGACUCGGCGUGUCUCAUAUGGGAAAUGACGUGCGGAAAACAAGGAGCGUGCUCUCUGUACAACUCGGAUUCGUUCCGUAUAUUCUAUCACGGUAAUAAACGAUGACCCACGUAGAUUAAGUAAAAAAAAAAAAAAAAGCAAAAAAAAAUUAAAAAACGGUCCUCGAGCUAUUUUGCGUUCAAUCUCGCGUAUGUGCUGCUGCAGUCAUCGACGUGUCUGCACGAAACCGAUGACAGACUCUUUAUCAAUCUGCUGCAUAAUAUAAUUCGGCGAUUACACGGUCAAUUUGUAAUAUUAUUGCGUUACUACUUAUAUCACCACGGUGUUGUUUAUUUAUCGGCAAAACAAUAGUUAUGAAUUUCCCGAUUACGGAUCGGCUCAUAUUUAAUAAUAUGCACGAACGCAAACAGGCGGCACUAAUCCUUCCCACCCGACUCAUCUAAGCCUCCCCCCCCUCUAAUCAAGUCUUUAUCAAGUAAAUACUAAGUACAUCGCACAAUCAAUAUUAUGAGGUAUGAGCCCCCCCCCCCCACUCAGCCAAAAUAUUUGUGCGCCAAAUCUAAUCGUUUGUAUAUUCACUGUGCAGGUGUAACCGGACUGUUGAUGAUGUGCGCUUUUUUCGUGGACAUAGUCGUCUGGUAUAAAGCGGGAAGUAUUAGCUUCGAGGAAGACCGUCAACUGCCGAGUAACGAGGAAGAACUGAGCCAACUGACGCCCAUCACCGACAAAACCGAAACGACUGUUUGA